CUGCACUGAAGCUUCUCUUGUGAACUAAAACCUUUUUUCAGGGAUAGAGAGAGAAACUGCUUUUCAUGGAGAGCUGCAGUAACAUCAGCAACAACAGCACAGAGCAGGAGAAUAUCAAGCUCUUUCAACAGAUAGUUAACAUCCCAGUUUUCUGUUUUGGAGUCAUUUUUAAUGUUUUUGCCUUCUGGGUGUUCUGCUUCAAACUGGAAAAAUGGACAGAAACCAGAGUGUACAUGAUCAACUUAAUCAUUGCAGACUCCGCCCUGCUUUUCACUUUGCCUUUUGUGAUGUAUUUUCAAAGGAAUGACUAUCCCAUAGAUAACCUCUGCUUAGCAAUACAGACGAUAUUUUUCACAAACUUUCCCAUGAGCAUCUACAUUAUCACUCUCAUAGCAGUGGAUCGAUAUAUUGCAAUAAAACACCCUCUGAAAGCAACUACCUUACGGUCUCCGUUGAAGUCAGCCACUGUCUGUGCAUUUCUUUGGAUAACCACAGCAAUGUAUGCUUACUUCAAACCAGUUGCCACAGAAAUGGAGAAAUUUUGCUUUAAAAAGAGCUCUUUUGAACCUGACUACAGAAUAAUAUUCAAAAGUAUUGUGGGUUUCUUUAUCCCCCUAGGAAUCUUGAGCUUUUGUUCUAUACAGGUCAUCAGGUGUCUCAAGGAGAAGACAAAUGCAACCCCACGUGAGGAAAAGUUAACUCAGAAAGCUCUCUACAUUAUCUCUGUGAACCUGAGUGUAUUUAUCAUAUGUUUUCUGCCUAUUCAUGUUGCUGUGCUUCUUCGCUUUGCAAUGGAAGUAUGUAAAGCCGCAUGCUCCACACAACAGAAGGUUAAACUAUUUGUCCAAGUGGCUGUAGCGAUAGCACAUUCUAACUGCUGUUUGGAUGCCAUCUGUUAUUACUUUGUAGGCCAGGAAUUUAAAGAAGCUUCUUCUCUGUUCUCGCAUUUUAAGUCUCUGCAACGUAGGGCAAAUCGAAGCCAAAGGACAGAGCAAAACACAACCGUAAUGACAAUGUAAAAACGUAUGAUACUGGCAGUUCCAGAACUCAGGUAAGACUGUAUUCCAUCUAUUAGGCAUCUAAGUAAGUGGCAUUGAAGCAU